UUUCCGGUACGGCAGCCGGAUUGUCUCAAAGUUACCCAACCCGACAUGAAUAAGGAGAGAAAUACACGUUAGCGUAUUUUUUUGAUAUUGCUCUCUAUUCUUCAACCACAACAUUUCCAGCCUUUGUCGAUGACUUGGUAUCACAUUGCCGCAUAGAGGAGCUGCGGACAGGCAGUGGUUUGGUGAUCUAAUGGGUGGAAAGAAGAAGAAAUCGGCGGUGCAAGCGGCUACUUCAGUGGCCCCAUCAGCAGCAGCGGGCAGGACUGCUGCUGCAGCGGCGGCGGAGGAUCCGACGAAACAGUCAGCCAACAACAAGCCGGCUAAACCAGCGAAAGAGAACAAGUCAAAAGCCCCAAAGACCUACAGUCUUGCCAACACUGCCCAGGUUGACACAGGUGGAGUCACGGAUAAGUCCAUUCUUAAAGUUGCCAUCCAAGCUGAACUAGAGAAGAAGAUCAUCAAGCUGAUCAAUGACUUCAGAGAGGAGAAUGGGGACAAAGGGCCCAUAUCCGGCAGACUUACGAACAAAAAGUUGCUGGACCUGUACACGGCUCUGCAGAAGUUCAGCUUUAAGAGAGAGCACAUUGAGGAGGCGAUGAAGAGUAGUGUGCUGUACGGAGGGGAUCUCCACUCUGCUCUCGACUGGCUCUGCCUCAACCUUAAAGAUGAGGAGCUGCCAGAAGGUUUUACCCAGCAGAUGCAGGAGGAGAGUCAGAAGAGCAGGCCCAAGUUCCAGCCUCCUGCUCAGCAGAAAGCUGCAGCCCCGAGCCCCAAAGCACCCAGCAACAACCGCAUAGAGCCCACCCAGACCACAGAGAAGGAUGAAGCUGCAAGCAUGAAGGAUUGGAUUUUACGGUAUGCAGAGCAGAGCAGUGAUGAGGAGGAGGAGCAGGAGGAGGAAGACAAAAGAGGGAAGAAGACACACAACCCUGAACUGGAUGAAAAGUUCGAUCCAAACGACAGGUAUUUGGCCCUUACUGCGCAAUUGUAUGACGCAAAAGAAAUGGCGGCUGUUGCCAAGACAAAGGGAGACAAGGCGGGCCAGAGGAUGGCACAGGACCGGAUACGCAUCAUACAGCAAGAAAUGAAGCCACUGGAGUCCCACCCUGUGUUCAACCCAGCUCUAAAGGUGGUGGACGUGCCUCAGAAGGACAAGAAGAUACUUCCUGUCGCCGAGGAAAAAGCGGAUGCCAGCUUAAACUUAUUUGAACAAACUGAAAAGGCCCCUCCUGCGGCGAAAGCUCCAGUUGCGAAAAAGAACGAGCCAAAGGAUAUUCGCAAUUUUGAUUACACAGCUCGCAGCUGGACAGGAAAGUCUCCCAAGCAGUUCCUCAUAGACUGGGUCCGAAAGAAUCUGCCCAAGAGUCCGGCACCGGCUUUCCACAAGGUCGCUGCCGGUCGAUACUGGAGAUCCAAGGUGCGUGUGCAAAGGACCGAAGAUGUUCUUGAAGUUUGUCCAACGAUCUUGACGGAGGACAGCAUGCAGGCUCAACAUCUGGCCGCCACACUGGCCCUCUACACCCUGAUUAAAGGACAGUCGGUACACCAGCUCCUCCCUCCGACCUACAGAGACGUGUGGCUGGAGUGGAGAGACAGCGAGCAGCAGCAGAAGGAAGAGAGUCGCACUGCUGCCAACAAACCUCGAGACCAGUUCAUCUCCCGGCUUCUGACCAGACUCAAACAGCAGCAGGCCCAGAACCAAGACCAGGAGUUUGGAUCCCAAGGCCAGCUGGGGCUGGUCAGUGCUGGGGAUGAAGAGCCUGAAGAGUCCUGGGAGAACCUGGCUGGUCUUGAUAUUGGGGAGGCGGGUCAAGAACUGGAGGACAAGAGUGAGAAAAGAGGGAGGGGGGAAGGGGCUCUUGCGGCAUCCAGAGAGAUCUUAAUGAAGCUGAAGAAGUCCCCUCUGGCCCACAAACUAAAGGCAGAGCGAGAGCAGCUUCCUGUCUUCCAACACCGGUAUCGGGUCCUGGAGGCUCUGCAGCGACACCCUGUGGUGGUGGUGGCAGGUGAGACGGGCAGUGGAAAGAGCACCCAGAUCCCUCAGUUCCUCUUGGAGGAGCUGUUAACGGGAGGCAAGGAGGCGAAGCCCUGCAACAUCGUGGUGACCCAGCCCCGCAGGAUCUCCGCCAUGAGCCUGGCCUGCAGAGUCAGCCAGGAGAUGGGCUGCGAGGAUGGGCCGGGAUCGAGGUCGUCGCUGUGUGGAUACCAGAUCCGGAUGGAGAAUCAGUCUGGGGAGUGGACCCGCCUGCUGUACUGCACUACUGGAGUCCUGCUCAGGAAGCUCCAGCACGACAGACACCUCAGCUCCCUGACGCACAUCAUCGUAGACGAGGUCCAUGAGCGCAGUGUCCAGUCAGACUUCCUGUUAACCAUUCUGAAAGAUGUUGUGAUGAGGAGAUCCGACCUGCAGCUCAUCCUCAUGAGUGCCACAGUGGACUGUGACAAGUUCUCCAACUACUUCAACCGCUGCCCAGUGAUCAGCAUUCCCGGGAGGACUUUCCCAGUGGAGGUGUUCCACUUAGAAGAUAUAGUGGAGCAGACGGGGUACGUUUUGGAAAAGGACUCGGAGUACUGCCAGAAAAUUCUUGAAGAUGAGGAGGAAGUCAGCAUCUCUAUCACACAGAAAGGAGGCAAGACAGGACAGCACCAGGAGGUGAUAUUGAGGGACUCUUCCGGCUGGGACCUGGGUCCGGAUCUAGACCACUUCAGCAGCAGGACUCGGCAGAUGCUGCAGUACAUGAACCCCAAUAAGAUCAAUAUGGACUUACUGGUUGACCUCAUCGACUAUCUAGACAAAUCCCCACAAUUUGCAGUGAUGGAUGGAGCCGUUCUCGUGUUCCUCCCGGGUCUGGCUCACAUCCAGCAGCUCCACGACCUGCUUUCUUCAGACAAGAGGUUCAGGGACAAAAACAGGUACAGGAUCGUUGCUCUCCACUCCACUCUCUCAUCAAAGGACCAGGCUGCUGCCUUCACAGUGCCACCUGCUGGAUUUAGAAAGAUUGUCUUGUCGACUAACAUUGCUGAGACAGGUGUGACUAUCCCCGACGUUGUGUUUGUCAUCGACACCGGAAAGACUAAAGAAAAUAAGUACCAUGAGAGCAGCCAGAUGAGUUCCCUGGUGGAAACUUUUGUCUCCAAAGCGAGUGCCCUCCAGAGGCAAGGGAGAGCAGGACGCGUCCAACACGGCUUCUGCUUCAGGCUCUAUCCAAAGUUCAGGUUUAACUCCUUCAUGGAUUACGCCAUUCCAGAGAUACUACGGGUCCCACUGGAGGAGCUCUGCCUUCAUAUCAUGAAAUGUCAGUACGGCUCCCCAGAGGACUUUCUGAGCCGGGCCCUGGAUCCCCCUCAGCCCCAGUCGGUCAGUAACGCCGUCAACCUGCUGAGGAAGAUCGGCGCGUGUCACCCCGAACAUCAUCUCCUCACCCCUCUGGGACACCACCUGGCGGGUCUGCCCGUCAAUGUGAAGAUUGGCAAGAUGCUCAUCUAUGGAGCUAUCCUCGGCUGCCUGGAGCCCAUAGCAACCAUCGCGGCAGCAAUCUCAGAGAAGUCUCCCUUCUCCACACCGAUGAACAGGAAGGAGGAAGCCAACCUGGCCAAAGCCGCCCUGGCAUUGGCCAACUCUGAUCACCUGACGAUAUAUAAUGCAUAUCUGGGGUGGAAGAACUCCCGGACGGACGGACAAAGGGCAGAAAUGUCCUUCUGUAGAAAAUACUUCCUCAAUCGCACAGCGCUCAUGACAAUAGAGGGUGUGAAGCACGAGCUGAUGAAGAUGAUGGAGCAGGCGGGUUUCUGGUCGUCUCGCUCCAAGCCACAAGUGGCGGCGGCGGCGGCGGGGGCGGCGCUGUCCAAGCAGCAGAUCUCCGUCCUGAACGCGGUGCUGGCGGCGGGGCUCUACGACAGCGUGGCCCGGGUCUUGUGCACCCCCUCUGUGGAUGUGCUCGAGCGAGUGGCCUGCACGGUGGAGACGCCCCAAGGCAAGGCUCAGGUCCACCCCUCGUCCGUUAACCGCAACCUGCAGACACACGGCUGGCUGCUUUACCAGGAGAAGGUGAAAUACACGAAGAUCUACCUGCGAGACACCACUCUGAUAUCUCCCUUCCCCAUGCUGCUGUUCGGAGGCGACAUCGAUAUCCAGCACAGAGAAAGGCUCAUCUCCCUAGAUGGGUGGAUCCACUUCCAGGCUCCUGUGCGGAUUGGCGUGAUCUUCAAACACCUGAGGAAGCUGAUGGACUCUUUGCUGGAAAAGAAGCUGGAGAACCCGAGGAUGAGUCUUGAAGGUGAGAGGACCAUCCAUAUAAUUCUGGAUCUGAUCAAAUCAGAGUGAUAUGGGACCAGCAAAGGAUCCGAUUGCCCCUGAAGAACCUCCAGCAAUACCUUUUCUUCCACCAUCGACGUGGACAUCCUGAAGAUGAACUGAUGCUUACCGAGAACUCUUACUCACAUUGAGGACUGUAUCGUAUGAAAUGCCAAAACAAAUGUGGGAAUUUGAAAGAGAUAAAAGUAGAAGAUUGUGUUGACAAAUGGAGGUGGAAAUAAAGCUGUACACAUUUUUA